ACUCCCCAGUACACUCUAUUGAUUUCUAAAACUGAAUCGCCUCUUUUUGAAAAAUCGAGACUUUUAAUCUUUUGUGUUUUCUUAAUCCUUUAUAUUCCACAUUAAAAAAAAAUCUGAAAAUUCUCCAAAAAUAUUUAGAUAGAAUUUAGCAGUACAGCUGUUAACGCAGGAUGAUCAUCUCGGUUUUCUCCAUAAAAUGCAGUUUUUUUCACUGAUUUUUACAAAACCCUUAAAACCCCAAACAGUAGGGAAAUGAGUAGGCUUGCUAAUAAUCUUGAAAUUUCUAGUAAACGUGAUGAGUAUAGUGACAAAAAAUGUGGGUCUAAUUUCAAUGUUGAAUGUCUAUUGAAGAAAGCCAGAGGAAAGAAUUCAAGAAUGGCCCAGGAAGGUAACAGUUCAAAUGUUGCUAGGACCCUUGUUCAUCAACCAAUAUGCUUACAAUUCCAUAGGUGGGGUAACUGCGGUUUUGGUGAAAAGUGUCGUUACGUUCAUACUACUCGUGGGUCUACAUAUGGGUCUUCACAAGGCAUUGGGUAUGACCAAAGAUAUGUUGAGGGAGGCAUAGAUGAAUACAGGGAGAGUGCUGCGAUAACCAUUGCGACUGGUGGGAAUAAAGUUAAAAACAGGACUUAUUCUGUUACUGUGGAACCCAAGAGAUCUGUGGAUUUUCGUAGAAGGAUGAAGACCAGGCUUUGCACCAACUGGGAAAGGGAUGGUAGCUGUUAUUAUGGUUCAAGAUGUCAAUUUGCUCAUGGCAAAGGAGAACUGCAGGGUUUUUGUUCCUUCAAUCCACUGGGAUCGUCGAGCAGUGCUGGCAUUUCUGCUCCUGCCAAGAAUGUUGCAUCCACUGAAAUAGGGUCCAGUGCUCUAGCUGAGCGUAGGUUCAAGUGGAAUGACGUACGCAGGAUCAGUCAGGUCUAUGGUGACUGGAUUGAGUAGCUGCCUUCCCCAUAGUCAUCAGGCACUAUGGAAAACUAAAGAGCCUGAACUUUAUCGCAUUUGAUCUUUGGUCAACUUUUGAAGUGGUUUAUUGGGUGACAUUUUACAUAUGCAGGGAGACAUUUUGGUAUCUCUGUAGUUUAAGUUUAAAAUGCUGCUUGCUAAGUUAUAUCAUUUCGGAUUUAGUUUGACAAAAACCUGUCUUGUCAUGACUUUGUGAAGUGAUUUCAAGUUUUACAAAUCAUAUAUCUGAUGAUGCAAGUAAAAACUAGAGUCUAUGUAAUAACAGUUUCAUAUGGAAGAAGACUUUUAGUUUAAUGUUGGGUGUCUUGUUAUUUAGACAUGUCCA